AUGCUUGAAGAAGUUGGACUUCUCUCAAGUGAAAGUCUCCUGCAACACACGCAUCACCAACAGCCAAAUACCAAUCAGAUUUAUGUGUUCGCGCCACAGAGAGAGGUUGGAGGAAUUUGGGUCAACGUUCCAUGUUCUACAGAUGCUGCCUCCUUUGCCGCACGGGCUGUUGGAAUUUCAGCUGCCCAGCAUGCGGGCACGCUCGACACACAAGAUGCCUACAAGCCUACUGCCGGUGAUUCGACACAUUUGACACUGCAAACUGCUACUCUUUGGAAGGUCGUGCAAGGCGCGGCAUGGCCGCAAGGGGGUGUCGUAUUGGACGAGGUAAAAUGGUCUGCACUUUGCAAUGGCGAUUGGGUAGAGACGGUAGAGAUUGCAGAGGAGCCUGAGGAGAACCACAGUCAAAACAUCUCUUGGCCUUCCAAGAGGUGCGCAAGAGAAUUCUUGCAUGGAGCCCUUCCAAGGGUGUGCUUUGACGAAGCCCUUCGACUGGCGUCUGCGCAGAAGCCGGCCCUCGUAGGUGAGGCACACCUGCUGCGCUGCGCAGAGGCGCGAUGGAGCCUGGAGUUCCUUGAAGAGACCGCGCCCGAUCCUAGUAGUCCUGAAGCAAGCUGCUUUUCUGUAUAUCGGGCACCUGAACCAUACCGGCGCUUCCGGUAUUCUUCUCGCUUGGAGACCAACGACGACAUCUACGACAUGCAGUCUGAGGAGUGCGCUGAGCAGCUUUUCCUAGACUUCCCAGACUUUGCGCAUCGGAAACGAGCUGCGACAGAUGGCUCCGGUGAUGGCUAUGCUUACUACUUAUGGGGUGUCGCUUUGCGGCGCGGCGAAAGUGCAGACCCAUGCCGAGAAGAUGGAGGUGACUUUGAAGGUUUCAACUUUGGUCCUGCUGUGGACGAAGACUUGGCGGAAGAGCGCUGCUGGGAGCACUUGCGCAAGCUGAGGAAGGUGGCAGACUGGGGCUGCUUCCGGCAGGCGCAGAUCUUCAUCGGCUGCAAGAACGCUCUAACGCCAUGCCAUUAUGACUUGGUCCAUAAUGCAUAUGUUCAAGUGAGGGGCUGGAAGCGCUUUUUCCUGAUUGAUCCCUGCUACUCGCCCAAUUUGUACGCCUACCCGCAGGGGCAUCGGAUGGACCGAUGUGCCCAAGCCGAUCUGGAACGUCCAGAUUUCAAGUGCUUUCCAAAACUGAAGGAUGUCCGGGCAGUCGAGGCGGUCCUCGGUCCUGGUGACUUGCUAGUGUUGCCUGCGGGCUGGUGGCACCAUGUGCAGUCGCUCACGGAGGACUCGCUGUCUGUGAGCUUCUGGUUUGACGGCCAGCCUCAAGGGCCUCGGACUUUGGGGCUUCUGACUUCGCUGCAGCGGGUGCAUCUUGCUCGUGAGGUUGAGCGAGUGCUGCUGACGAUAGUUGGGCCGCUGAGGCUGCGGAGCGCAUUUUGCGUAUUGCGGCAGAUGCUGGGUGAGGGCGUCUUCACUGAGAGCAAGCAAAGUUCCGAUGAGGUUCUGGCCUGUGCGUGGCUGCUUUGGCGUCUGCGCUGCAGCUUGGGGAAUGCUGAGGUGGCCAGGGGCUUUGCGCUGGCCGUGGCCGAUGAUGCGCGUUGGCGUCGAUUAGCGCAUUGCGCUGAGUGCAGACAGCGGGAUUGCCAGUUCUUGCUAGGAGAUGACAUGGCGAUGCAUGGAGUUCACCAAAGUAUCACCCCGCCGAAUAUCGUUCCGAACGAUCGCCAAAACAAUGUCCAAGACAUUGUAGCUGGCAUUCAAUCGUUAUUGACCAAAUUGCUGGAGCAGCAUGAGCAAGAGGUUCAAGCUUUGACAUCCAGUGGAAAUGCCAAGAUCAUCACUCCUGUCGGGCUCCCAAAGCCCUCUAAACAGGAUAUGGAUGUUGAGAGCGUCGCUACCAGCGAAGCCACGAACAGGGCUGCUGAGAUGCUAGACAUGCCAGACGAAAGAUCAUGGGAGGUGCCAAGUUUCUUUCAUGAGGAGGCGAUUAACGCGCAGAUGGUCCCUGUGAAGUUUUCAGUUUACACGGUGUCGUUGCCCAACACAAGCUUAGACCGGGGCAGCGAUUUGGCCCGGCAACAUUGCCAAAUCAUUUUCAGAGGCGACAGUCAGGAUCAAACAACAACACGCGAAGUUGCAUUCCGGACGCCGACCUUGCAACCCAAUCUGCCGGGAGCAGUUCCCUCAGCAGGCACAGCAGGGGCGCUCGUCAUAGCUGACUGGACAGCUGGCACCGACGUCGGUAUGGAUUGCUUUAUGCAUGUGCCCGAGCCGUGUCCAAAGCGUUUCGCGGUGGAGGUCUGGUCCAGCAGCUCAAAUUGGCCCGUGGCAGAGGGCUUCGUCAGAAUUGGUGAGCAGCGACAACAAGUGAGGCUGAGUGGCUCGACGUCGAGGACAAACAGCCCGAUCCGUGACAAGCAGAUCAGACAGAAAAUCCGGUCUCGCUUGGAGACGGUGCUUGCUGAGCAGCAUCAGACGCAAGUCAUCAUGGCUCGCGACCUUAUUGCAGCUGUGAAGAAAUGUGGCAAGUCCGAAGCUUCCGGCUUCUCGUAUUCCCUGGAAGAAAAGGAAGUUGAGGAUGCCAUAUUGGAGCUCAGGCACAUUUUUCAGAUGCAUGUUCUCAAGGUCAACAAGAGAGGCCUCACAAAAUCGAAGACGCCAACGCAUGUGAUUGCUUUCCAUCAGUUUUUGAAGUGCAUGUUUCUAGAAGACGUCCACAUGUAUGCACGGGAUGAGGAGGUUCAGUUGACCCUUUUCAUCAUUCAACGUGCAAUGCUCGGGGCUGAUAUGCCGUCAACAGGCACAUCUCGUGCGCUGCUGCUGGCAAAUCAGAAACGGAAAGAGCAAAGGAACCGACCCAGCAUGCAGAAGCUGCUCAUUGACGUUAUGACGGCCCUGUCAACGGCGGCCAUCAUCGCCAGCGUUGCAGCAUCAGGCAUCUCCAUGGAUAUUGCUGUUGGUGCACCAGGAUGGGUUGUCCUAGACACACUGUGUUCUGCAGUCUUUCUGAUGGAGGUCAUUGCCAAGCUUUACGUUUUCAAGCCAAGAAAAUACUUUUGUGGACCUGCGGGCGGAUGGAAUAUGUUUGAUCUUGCACUGACGGGUGCAGCAGUUCUGGAAACGGUUCUCAGCUUUGCUGCAGGCAAUGGAGGCUCGCAGAGCCGAGUUGCCAUGAUGUUGCGAGGACUUCGCAUCGCAAGGUUGGCUCGCGUGGCCAAGCUCAUGCGAAUGCCAUUGCUGCAGGAGCUGGCCACCAUCGUCUCAGGCCACGGCUUCUUCAUCAGCCUGCGGCCGUUAUUCUGGGUCUUGCUCACCCUUUUCCUGGUGGUUUACUUCAUUGCUGUGUUGCUGCGUGCAACGCUUGACGGCUUCAGAGAGGCUCGCUCCUGUGGUAACUUAGACCCCCUUGACGGCAUGGGAUCAGAAGACUGUCCCUUCCACCUGGAGCAAGGGCACGUAUACUGUACUGAUGUUCUCGGGUGCAUGUUCUCCGUAUUCCGCUGUAUCCUUGGCGAUUGUACGACCCAGGGAGGCGAAAGCUUAGUGUUGGUCUUUAGCGAUGGAUUCGGAAUGGGCUUUGACCUCGUCUAUGCGUUUGCCAUGGUGGUGGUCACUUUUGGUCUCUUCAAUAUCAUCACUGCAAUCUUUGUGGAAGCCACAUUGAAGGGUUUGAAGGCCAGCGAUCGUCAGCAGAAGUUUGCAAAGGCCCAUCAGUCUGGCUGGAUGACGCAACAGCUAGCCCGCUUUGUGGAGCUGGCAACGCAGGACGUGAUGAGCGCAAGGAAGAGGAAGACCAAUCAAGAAGGACAUUCCCAAGUCAUGGGCCCACUCAUGGGCCGGAUUAGUUCAUUGGGUUUGAGCGCGUCCAGGCCAGCAUCCGCCGAGAAGGUUCUCGCAGAGGAGCUUUUUGUGACAGAAGAAGAAUUCCUACGCCUCAUUCGGAAGACCGAAGUCCAGCAAUUGCUAUGCGACAUGGAUAUUAAUGUAGAGCCACGUGAGGGCAUUUUUGCCGCCUUCGUGACUGAGGAGGACGGGUCUGUCUCUAUGUCAGAGAUUGUCUCUGGUCUGAUGCGAUUCCGGGGUGACCUCAACAAAAUCGAUAUGGCUAUUGCUCGCUCCGAGCUGGAGAACUUGCAGCGGCAGGUCGCAAAGGUGGUGCAACACAUUGACAAGCAAGCUUUUUGA